AUGUGGAGGCAGGUGAUAACCCGGUUCGUCAUCCCAGAAGUCGUCAUCUCGGACAACGGGACACAAUUCACUAACAAGAAAUUCGCAGAAUUCCUCACCGGCCUGGGCAUAAAACAGAAGAUCUCCUCGGUAAAACACCCCCAGACGAAUGGACAAGUGGAGUCCGCAAAUAAGGUCAUCUUGCUGGGCCUCAAGAAGCGGUUGGAUAGCAAAAAAGGUGCAUGGGCCGACAAACUCGCCUCGGUUCUCUGGUCCUACCAUACAACCGAGCAAAGCUCCACGAGAGAAACCCCUUUCUACCUGACGUACGGGGUUGAUGCGAUAAUACCCGUGGAGAUCGGCGAGCCGAGCCCACGGUUACUUCUGAAAGGAGUAGAAGAAGCAGUGGAGAAAGACCUGGUGGAUGAGGCCAGAGAGAUGGCCCACUUGUCGGAGGUAGCACUGAAACAAAGAAUGGCCCUGCGCUAUAACACCAAGGUAACUUGA